GUUGAGAUGGUUGUUGAUGCAGAGAAGGAGAUGGUGGUUGAGAAUCCUUUAACUCCUGGUGCCACACAAGAUGCUGAAAAAGAAAAAGGCUAUAAUGAAGAUGUUGAGAUGGAGACCGUUUCAAAAAACCUGGAAGAAGACGUAGGAGGGAAAUUUGUACCAAGAACAGAAUUUUUGAAGAGGUCACCAUUGAAGAAAAAGUCAGUAUUGAAGCGAAAAGCAAACAAGGUAGAAGAGGAUGGGAAGCAACCAAGAAGCAAGCUCCCAAUGUUUAAUGCAUGGUUUUUUAUGCAUUGCUUAAAAUAUCUACAUCACAUGUUAUGCAGCUCCAAUGUUUAA